AUGCAUUUCUCAAAGACAUACUCGCAACUACUGCUCACAUUACCCCCAGAGCUACGUGAAAACGCCAUACAGUACCGCCAACUCAAGAAACUAAUCAAUCAACUAGUCCAAGAACUUUCAUCUCUAGGUCUUAGUCCGUUUGUGCUUCAACAACUGCUAGAACAACAGAAUCCUGCGAGCUCGGCCCCCCAGAUCGAGGAAAUACGACAGCAAUGUGAUCGAGUCUCUGACGGCGAUGGUGAUCACCGAGGGCAAGCUACCGUGGUCUACGAGUUUAGCGGGACGUCUUCUCAUAUUGAACCUCGUCUCCGGCUGUCGGUGAAGCAUCCAACGGACGCUACGGAUCUCGUAUCUGGUCACACGACCACACCGGACAGCAUCCCAGACGCUUUCCGGCUUGAUUGCCGAGCUCUAGAAAGAAAUACGGCCUUGGUAGAUAUCUGCUAUUCAUCCACAAACACCCACGAUCUUAUCAUACCAUUACGGUCUGAUACCGCGUUCUUUCAGCUAUUAAAUACCACCCUUGCAUCACUCACUGAACACCUUAAUACUGUGCAUGGUGGAUUCACAUCUACGCUACAAAGUCUAGCCUAUGCCAUUAGUGCGACAGCACGGCCCACAUCCUCGUCGGCACCUCGUUCCUUCUCGUCUUAUUCAAUGACUGUCAAUAACGCUGCCACAUUACGACCCAGCUCUGGAACCCGCAAUACAGAUCUAUAUUCAUGGAGGGAGAUAUUCCAGAUGUAUGUUGAAGGUGAAAUCUUCGAGAGUGUCGGGGAGAGAACUCGUGGGGAACGCAGUAUCGAGGAAACAGAGAUCCGGAUGAAGCAGUUUGAAGAACGCAUACAGGAGAAGAGAAGCAAGCUCAAGCUGUCUGGAAGCAAGGAUGCACUGGAUGUUUUUAUGCGGAUGAACUUUUUUAUCUUAGAUCUGAAGAGAUUCCAAUUUGCGAAUGUCGAGGCGACACGCAAAAUCUUAAAGAAGCAUACAAAGCGAACCGCAUUACCUCUUCCUUCUUAUAUCAUUUCACUGUGGAAUGGACCAUUACCAGCAUCCCCACCGCCAGCGGAGCUGACCUUGUUGCCUCAGCCUCCAGUAUCUUUGCCUCGACUCCUCGUGCAAGCUAUCGGCGAAAUUCUACUCCCAAUUGUGCCUCACGUCGACGAUUAUUCGUGUCUUAUCUGUACCAGUCUCGCGUUCAAGCCAAUCAGACUUGGUUGUGGCCAUUUAUUUUGUGUAAGGUGUCUCGUAAAACUUCAAAAGCUCGGGAAAGGGAAUUGCCCUAUUUGCAGGGCCCCUACGGUGCUAAAGGCCGACCGCACCAACGUUGAUUAUGCUCUUUUGAACUUUAUGGCUGACUGGUUCCCCUUGGAGUCGCGUGCGAAGCUGAGUACUAAUGAGCGCGAGGCAGCCAAGGAGGAGCUCGAGGAGCUCGGUCUUGGUGAAGGAUGCCGAGUGAUGUGA